AUGUAUUUAAAAUUGGAUGAAAAAAUGCCCUCACCGGGAGGAUUAAAAAGUAUAAGAGAACCACCACCUCAACAACAAAUACAAAGCAGAAGUGGCACUCCUAGCAGUGAACCAAACUUUAGCGAACAAGAAAAUGGUAGUGGAAUCCCCCCACCACCAGGGCCGUCAGUAAUAGUUGAGGGAACACAAGAAUGGAAUGAUAGGGCGAUAAGUCAAAAAACUUGGAAGCGAAGACAACAAUCUGGGGAAUAUGAUGGAAGCAGUUUAAAUUCAAGUUUAAUUAAAAAGGGAGGUGUAGGUGGAGGUGUUUAUAGUAGAGAAAGACAACAACAACAUGAAGGGGGUAUUUUAGUACCUUACAGAGAAAAUGGGAACGGUGUUGCUAAUAACAACUUUAAUAAUGCUAGACGAACAACAAGUCAUACAGAAUUACGCCCGCCUGUUGGACAACUAUCAUCAGCAGACCACUUUGAACAAUUUGGACAUCGCCCUCCUAUGCCAAAUCCUUUCAUGUUUGGAGGGCCAAUGUCUUCCCCACCACCACCUCCUCCUCAUCCAGGCCUUGUAUUUAUACCGCCAGGAUUAGCACCACAACCGCCUGGACAUUUCUUUCGCCAACCACCACCAAUGCAUCACCACUCUCCUCCACAUUUCUUCCCUCCUAGGCCACCAUUUCCGCCGUUUCCUCCACCUCCACAUUUUGGACGUAUUGCCGCUCCACCACCUUUUAUGAUGCGCCCCUUCUUUAUGGUCAUGCCACCCCAUUUUAUGGGAGGAGGAGGACAUCAUCAUCCACGUCCCAAAUCCCCUGAAAGAUUGGGUGGUGGCCCUAUAAUCACUGAAACAGCUUAUGAUACAUUUCCUCGCAAUAAUCGAACAACUUAUGAAGAGCCUAUAUAUAUGCCAUCUACAGAUAAUACAGUUCCCCCUCAAGCUAGUUAUAAACCAGGAUCUUUUUCACCCGAACUUUAUGAACAUUAUUAUGAAACAUACAGACAGCAGAGAACGACAGAGAGAAAGAAUGUUAUGAGCCGCACUGAUUCCGAUGCCAGUGCUGAUUAUUGGGAAAGCGGUGUUGAGGCAAAUACAUUUAGAAAAACACGCAAUAACGCAGGUAAUAUAACACCAAAGGCUGAAAGAGGACAAAGUCCCGCUGGGGGGAAUAAAAAGAACGGUGAUGGGGAUAAUGGAACGUUAACUAAAACAAGAAUAACACAACAACAACAACCAGGACCAAGUACUAGCAGAACAGAAUUAAUAGUAAAUGGAAAAGCCAGACCAGACACGCCACCAGCUGAUUAUGAAGUUGGGGGAGGACAUAGGGCAACAACUGCCCAUUGA